ACAUGGCGCUAGUGUCAGCCGCUUAGUUUCCUUUAACACUGUGCGUCAGGCGCGGUGCGGUGUGUGGAUCGGUUACCAUCGGAUUUUAGACAUUAAAAUGUUCUCAUCCCUCUUGGAAGCGGCGCGGAACUCGCCGUUCCGCGGCCCUCUGUCAACUACCCACUGCGAGCCGGCUCUCCCAGCUGCUGAGACACAAGGCAUGGCAGCGUCAACUGCGCCAGUCGGCGACUCAUGCGAGUUCGGAUCACCCAAAUACUUCGCCCUCUGCGGCUUAGGAGGCAUCCUGUCUUGCGGUAUCACACACACUGCCGUCGUGCCCCUCGACUUGGUGAAGUGCCGUCUGCAAGUAGACGCGGAGAAGUACAAGAAUGUGAUCAACGGGUUCAGGGUAUCCAUACGCGAGGAGGGCAUGAGAGGGUUAGCUAAGGGCUGGGCCCCCACCUUCAUCGGAUACUCGUUACAGGGUCUCUGCAAGUUCGGUCUAUAUGAAGUCUUCAAGGUGGGCUACUCUGGUCUUUUGGAUGAGGAGACUGCUUACACUUACCGUACCUUUGUGUACUUGGCUGCUUCAGCUUCAGCUGAGUUCUUUGCUGAUAUCGCUCUGUCACCACUUGAGGCCGCUAAGGUCAGAAUCCAAACUAUGCCUGGUUUUGCAAACACACUACGUGAGGCGUGGCCCAAGAUGGUCCAGAAUGAAGGUUACGGAACCUUCUACAAGGGAUUGGUGCCGCUGUGGGGCAGACAGAUCCCCUACACCAUGAUGAAGUUCGCCUGCUUCGAAAAGACCGUCGAGCUUCUGUAUAAGUACGUGGUGCCCAAGCCCCGCGACCAGUGCUCUAAGGGCGAACAACUGGUGGUGACAUUCGCGGCGGGCUACAUCGCCGGCGUGUUCUGCGCCAUCGUGUCGCACCCCGCCGACACCGUCGUCUCCAAGCUCAACCAGGACAAGACAGCGACUGUGGGCUCCAUCGUGGGCAAGCUCGGCUGGGCGGGAGUGUGGAAGGGUCUGGGACCUAGGAUUAUCAUGAUCGGUACCCUCACCGCGCUGCAAUGGUUCAUCUAUGACGCCGUCAAGGUCUCGCUGAGAAUGCCCCGACCCCCACCCCCAGAGAUGCCCGAGUCCAUGAGGAAACGUCUUGAAGCAGAAGAGGCUGCCAAGUCAAAGUGAACUAGUACAAUUGCAUAGCAAUAACAUACCAAGCGUUAUUAAUAAAGAUGUGCAUUCACUAGACAACGUAAUAGUAACAACAAUGAAACAACAACUAAAUUAUAACUCUUGUUUUGCAAAUCUGUUGACAACACAACUAGUAUCGUCUGCAUCUGGUUUGACAUUAAAAUGAACAACAAAUAUGUUGAAUAAUUUAUAUAUUUCUGUUUUCCAGUGAAUGCACAACUCGUCAGCGAUGUGUAACAUCAUAAUUAUGUAUUAUAGAUGAAAAAUGUGAUGUAUGCUAGUGUUGAAUCAUUAUAACUUUCUGAGUUAUAAAUAUAUGUAUAAAUACAAUUAUUAUUUUCUUAUUUAUUUAUUUCUUUUACUACAUGUAUGAGUUGUGCCGUGUAACCGUUUGGUGGUAAUAAACACUAGAUACUA